UUUACAUCAACAGGAGGAAAACCUGUAUGGAUUAGAUUUGAGUUGGCGUUGAUGCCCUUCCAGUGGAGUAACUGUAAAUAGUCGUGGAGAGUCAUGACACUGGACUCCGUCAUGGCGUGCUGCCUCAGCGAGGAGGCGAAAAACGCGCGGCGGAUCAACGAUGAGAUCGAGCGGCAGCUGCGCCGCGACAAGAAAGACGCGCGGCGUGAACUCAAGCUGCUGCUGCUGGGGACUGGAGAGAGUGGGAAAAGCACCUUUAUUAAACAGAUGAGAAUCAUCAAUGGAUCGGGGUAUUCAGAGGAGGACAGGAGAGGCUUUAUUAAGCUGGUCUUCCAAAACAUCUUCACAUCAGUGCAGGCCAUGAUCCGAGCAAUGGAUACUCUCCAGAUCCCCUUCAAACACGAACAUAAUAAGGCUAAUGCAAACAUAGUCUGUGAAAUGGAUGUAGAGAAGGUCUUCACUUUCGUCAACCCCUAUGUAGAUGCCAUCAGGAGUUUAUGGUAUGACCCAGGAAUUCAGGAGUGCUAUGACCGGAGGAGAGAGUACCAGCUCUCAGAUUCUACAAAAUACUAUCUAAAUUCACUGGAUCGCAUUUCUGAUCCUUCUUACGUUCCCACCCAGCAAGAUGUGCUCAGGGUCCGAGUGCCCACGACAGGCAUCAUUGAAUACCCCUUUGACCUACACAGUGUCAUAUUCAGGAUGGUAGAUGUAGGUGGCCAGCGGUCAGAGAGGCGGAAGUGGAUCCACUGCUUUGAAAACGUCACCUCCAUCAUGUUCCUGGUGGCACUCAGUGAAUAUGACCAAGUCUUGGUAGAGUCUGACAAUGAGAAUCGAAUGGAGGAAAGUAAAGCAUUGUUUAGGACGAUAGUAACAUACCCCUGGUUCCUGAAUUCAUCAGUUAUUCUUUUCCUGAACAAGAAAGACCUUCUGGAGGAGAAAAUAAUGUUUUCACAUCUUGUAGAUUACUUUCCUGAAUAUGAUGGAGUCCAAAGAGAUUCUCACGCCGCACGGGAAUUCAUCCUAAAGAUGUUUGUCGACCUCAAUCCAGACUCCAGAAUCCAGAAAAUAAUGUAUUCUCACUUCACCUGCGCGACUGACACAGAAAACAUUAGAUUCGUGUUCGCUGCUGUAAAGGACUCCAUCUUGCAGUUCACGUUGAAGGAAUACAAUCUAGUCUGAAAAACAACUGAUCACAGUUUUAUCAUCUUGCCUGGUUAAAAGUCUAGAGUCUGCCUUUGUGGUGUGAGCCAUUCACAUCUGCUUUAAUUAUAAAAAAGGCAAUUUUCCGAAUGAUUCAAAUGUAAACGUGCACACAUCCUUUUAUUUGCUAUCAAUAUUUAGUAUGUUCCUCCAUCUUGGGAAUAUAAUUUUUAUUUUCUGUAGUGCAAGAGGUCAUUAGAGGUUAAUGAAUAGUUCCUGGUAUGGUAUUCUAACAUUGUAUUCUUUUAAGAGUUUUAAAGCUUCACAGAUACAGGACAUUUAUUUAAAGAAUAGACAAUAGACUUCAGUAGGUUUACAGUAAAAGUGCCAAAGUUGUCUACUAAUGUGGUUGUCUUAUGUAUUGCUAAAUUAAUAUUCAUACCACACAGGCAACAGGUUGCCCCUAUUAGAUGUCCCAUACCCGUUCAUGUAUUGAUUAUAAAGAUGUAUUUAUUUAGUGUUUUACAACAUCACGCCUGUAUAGAUGCUACAAAGUAUUUACUAAAUGAUGCUUUGUAUAGAUUAUAUAUAUUCACCAGAUCGUGUUUAAUGAGGAAUAUGGUUUAUUAUUAUUCCCAUGAUAUGAAGAGGCAAGAUGUUUGUGCCGACGGGGCACAUUUAGUCAUAUUUCCUUUGCAUUUAGAACACUUUAUUAACUUAUUCAAAGUGGCAAAAUAUUCAUUGGAUUAAGGAUAAAAAUAUGGAUUUAUGUUGUCAAUGAUGAAAGAUUUCAAUACAGCAAAUCUCCACGAGGUGUGAGUGAUUGUUUUUAUUUCACCUGUUGUUUUCUUGGAGAAUCGAGCCGUUCUAACUGGAGAGUCCUCCAGCACCGGCCACAGACAAACAUGGAGGAAUAAAAAGAAAACUAUCGUCUUUAUAGAUUUUUUUUACUGAUAACUGAUCGUUACAAAAUGCAACUAUCGGCACUGGUGAAACGGCAAAAACCGAUAUAUCGGUCUACCUCUAGAACAAUUGCAGCAUUUUAAAAUAUUCAAUAAUACUGUAAAACGAUAAUUUUCUUUUCAUGUAAUUAAUUGCAUCAUCAGUGAGACAGUGAUGCUGGUAUUGACUUGACUUGACAGAGUGAAGCUUUGGUCAGUAUGUGAUGUUGUUUUUAAAGACGGUGCCUGUUUACUGAUUUGUAAAGAGUGAGUCAUGUGAUUUAUGUGAAUAAACAAUUUAUGUUUCAUGUUCAGCCAAGAGUAAAGGACCAAACUGCUGUUGUGAUCCUCCAAAAUUCAUUGUCAGGUAUAGCUAAAAAUGAUGUGGUUGCCUCUAAAUUUGGUUUCAUUGCUGAAUUUGUGCAAUAAAGGACUGAUAUUUUAGAGAAACAUGUAUGAUUUUUGCUGUUCAAAUGUAAA